AUGUCCGUCCAAGAUACCAAAGCCGUGGAUUUUUCCAUGGGUCACAUGAAAUCAUCUUCUGUGUCUCUGGUAGUGGAGGCUACCUCUAACAUGAACAGUGAAGACAAACUAUCUAAAGUCCAGCUUUAUGAGGAUUUAUGUCGUUACGAAGAUACGCUAAAAAAGUUGGUGGAAUCUGUAGAUCGUUUUAAGCCAGAUAUAGACGUUGCUAGGGACUUGAUCAAAAUUGAUGAAAGUCUGUUUAAUAAUGUUGACCUGUUGUCUGAAUAUGACAAUAUUGAUCGUAAUUUACGCAAGAUUGACAAAGACUCCGAGGAAUUAGAUUCUAAAACCAAAAGAAUACUAGAAAUUAUGAAUGAAUGUCAUGAUGAAUUAGGGGCACUACCGAUGCUAGAACAAGUAGAGUUUGAAAAGAACACAAUUCUGCAACAACGAUCCAAAAUUAACUCCACGGCGUUAUUGGAUUAUGCCACAAAAUUGUCAAAAUUUACCAGAAUACCACCAACAUUCGAUAAAGGAAGUAUUGGACCCAAUAACUUUAUAUGGCCUGCAGAAGAUGCUCUACGAAGAGGUAUGCUUGCUAUGGCAUCAUUACAUAGUAAAGAGCUAACCAGAGUGCCUGGUGAAGAGGCGGAAGAGGCUGCAGAGACAGAAGAAGUACUUGUUUCCUCUCCAUCUCAAAACGGACUGGACAACGAGCACAAGACUGCAAAAGAAGAAGUGCCAAGCACAGACUCAUUUAUAUUCAAUGGCACUGCCAACAAAAAUAGCGAAGAAGUAGGUGAUGCCAAAGAUAAGGAGGAGGAAGGUAACAAUGACGAUGCCCUAGAUCUUGAUCUAGAUUUAUUCGAUCCAGAGGACUUUUAG